CGGGACUCGGUCAGCCAUCGUUCUUUUCUUUCUGGUCAUCAUGCCGUUCGAGAGGUUCGUGGAGUCCGGCCGCGUGGCCUACAUCAGCGAGGGUCCAUACCAGGGCAAACUAGCUGCCAUCGUCGAUAUCAUCGACCAAAACAGGGUUCUCAUUGAUGGACCUGCAUCAGGCAUCCCCCGAGGGCAGAUUAGAUUGAGUCAGCUUCAUCUGACGAAGUUCUGCAUCAAAUUCCCAUACACUGGCUCCACGAGAGUUGUCAGGAAGGCAUGGGAGAAAGCCAAGCUCGAUGAGAAAUGGAGCCAGACCAUGUGGGCUCGUAAAGUUGAAGCCAAGAAGAAGCGAGCUGAGCUCAGCGAUUUCGAUCGUUUCAAGCUCAGGAAAGCUCGUCAAGUUCGCAACAAGAUGCGAACAACCGCCUUUUUGACGCUGAAGAGGGCCAUCAAAAAGAAGGCAAAGCCAGCCAAGGGUGUUGCCAAAACCACAAAGGAGGUGAAGACGAAAAAACCCGCAAAGAAGUAAAAAGUUAAAUUUCGAAUAAAUGAUCUUUGAAAAAAACACAA